AUGCUAAAUUUCUAAUUCGGCUCGGGUCUGUGUUUUUCGCAUUUUCUUCUCCCGACGCCGCAGCCCCCAAUUCUCCUCUUCCGCGAUUUCUCCAACGGCGACGGACGGCGACGACUCCGACAACCUCAGCGAGCAGCAACAUCCUCAUCCUAGGGUCAUCUCCGGCGGAGUGGUUCUGCUCUACGCGGCGAGGCUCCAUUCAAUUUGCUCCAGGCGGCGGUGGUUUUAUCUCAGAUCUAGGGUUUUCGCCGGAGUGGUUCUGCUCCGGCGAUUCCCUUCUAUCUUCUUCCCUACCUCAGAAGUUCCUCUGCCAACGGCGUUCCGAAAGCAGAAGAUUCCAAGGAAGAAGCCGACUGUGCCCUUCUUCUCCGGCUGUUCUUUCUUCCUCUCCAUUCCUACAUCUGAAGAUUUCUUUUCCGACGGUGUUGCGAACACAAGGAAUUCAAUAGAGGAAGAGGACGGCGGAGCAGUGAGCACCUUCUUCUCAAUUCCAGCUGGUCGUUUCUUCUUCUUCUCCGGCGAGUUUCCUCUCUUUCCAGCACUGAGCUCUGCGGAGGGAUUCUCCUGUAGACGGCGUUGCGAAAGCAGGAGUAUAUCCAGAGAUUUCAGUAUUUUCAGUCCUUUUCCGGCAGAAGCAAGCUCAAGCAUCACAAUUCCGGCUGCUUGCGGUGUGGUUGCGCUGUUGAGAGAAGCGCCGAUCCUCACACCCGAAGGAGUCAUCUCGGACGGGGAGAAACGCAGAAGGAGAUACCUGUUUGAUGUCCGGUAUGGGGAGCGAGGGUGAGCCGGCGAAGCUCCUCCUGCCCUACCUCCAAAGGGCCGACGAGCUCCAGAAGCACGAACCGCUCGUCGCCUAUUACUGUCGAUUGUACGCGAUGGAGCGAGGACUGAAGAUCCCACAGAAGGACCGCACGACGACCACCAAUUCCCUUCUGCUUUCCCUCAUGAAGCAACUUGAGAAGGACAAAAAGUCAUUGCAAUUAGGGCCUGAGGACAACCUUUAUGUGGAGGGUUUUGCAUCAAAUCUUUUUGCAAAGGCAGAUAAGCAAGAUCGUGCUGGUCGUGCAGAUCUGAAUACUGCAAAAACUUUUUAUGCUGCAAGUAUCUUUUUUGAGAUACUAUAUCAAUUUGGUGAACUUCAGCCUGAAAUUGAGCAAAAACAGAAGUAUGCAGUUUGGAAAGCUGCAGAUAUAAGGAAAGCUCUUAAAGAAGGCCGGAAACCUGAACCAGGUCCUCCAGGCGGUGAUCCUGAUCAAUCAAUUUCCUCAGGCCUCUCAAGCUACACUUAUGGCAUACAACCAAGCGAUGGAUUGCCAUCUAGUCAGCAAUUUGACAAUGCAUCGCCUCAGCAUAUACACAAGAAUUCAGGAGGAAGUGAGCAUUUUGUGGAUAAUUAUAGAAAUGCUGAUUUACCCCCAAAGAAUGCUGGUGAGCCACAGGGUUUUAGUCAGGCACCAUCCUCGUACCCAGGUCAUGAAUAUCCUAAUGAUAUUCACCAUGUUCAACCAACUAGCCAGCCUGAGUAUCCUGAUUACCCUAAAAAAUAUGAGCAUCACUCCUAUGGAAACGAGUACCAACACAUCCCUCAAAAUUCGGAAGAAAAUCUAAACCCUACUUUUUCAUAUCCCAAUUUUCAGUCUUAUCCAAGCUUCCAUGAUAGCACCUUCCCUGCGGCCCCUACUCAUCAGUCUUCUUACAACCAUGACCACGAUAGCACCUUCCCUUCUGCUCCUACUCAUCAGCCUUCGUACAACCAUGAUCACGAUGCUACCUUCCCUUCUCCUCCGACUCAUCAGCCUACUUACAACCGCCCCCAAGAUCCUGCAGUUUACUCUCACCAAUCUGCUCCUGUUCAACAUUAUGCACCACCUGUGCAGUACACUUCUAGCAGUGACCACCUCAAUCAUGGGGUACAAACUGUUCCAUCCUCUGAGAGGUACAAGUACGAUAGCAAUUAUGAACCGUCUGCUGCGAAAAUUGCGGAAGCUCACAAAGCAGCAAGGUUUGCAGUUGGAGCACUUGCAUUUGAUGACGUGACUGUUGCAGUGGAUCACCUGCGUCGAUCGCUUGAACUUUUGACCAAUCCUUCGGCUGAAACUCAUUAGUUUGUGUCUGUUAGGGUUGCUUAUACUAAGAUCUCAGUACUGUUCUGAUUGUUGCUUCGUUUGCUACUUGAGAUCUUUUGCCACCUCUUCAUAUUUCCUGCCCUUUUAUAUGUGUGAAAUGGCUUUUUAAAUACCAUAACGGCUUCUGAAAUAGUAUUAUUAAAUCUGGCUAUAUGCCCGUGUAUUUAAUCUGACCUAAAUAUAUUGUGGGAUUGGUUGCAAUCUA